AUGGAGCGAUCGUCGGCGACAGUGCUUACGUCCCAAGAGCUGGUGGAUGCCGUCGUGGCGUACGACCAUGGCGUCCGCUUGGACAUGGUUGCUCUCAUUAGUGUGGCGCAACCGAUCAAGAGUACAUUGUUUGCCCCGUUCCAUGCGGCCAUCCCUCCACGGCACGACCAGUGGCGCCACUCCGGAGUCGUGCAGCAGCUCGCUAGCAUGCCGCGCAUUCAAAACGGUGUCGUUGCACAUGCGCUGUGGAGCGGAAACCUUCCCCUGUUUACGAGACUACCAGUCGAGUUGUUGUGA